UUACCACUCUGGUUCAUCCAAAGACCAACUCCAUUAAUUACAGGAAGUUUUGGAAUUGCCUCGUCUUUGACUUACCUGAAAUGCUCAAAAAAGAGAGAACAGCAGCUCUUAUCUGUUAAAAAUAUUUCUUGAACAACAUGGAAAGCAGGACAUGCUAAAAACCAGUGGUUCCUUACAGAGAAACCAGCCAUCUGCGACUGCAAACUCCCUGCUGAGGAACUGGCAGGGAGACAAAGAAAUGGAAAACUGUAAAGAAGUCGCCAUGUGAUGUGAGCAGAGAGUUUUUGGCAGCCUGGCUGAAUGAAGACCAUAAUCCUUUUCGGAAAUCAUUCUAAACGGAACUAUUCACAAUAAACAUGAAAUUAAAAGCAUGAUGUAGUAGUGACCCAAAAGGAAUGUGAAUUCUUCUCCAGGACAUGCAGAGACCUGUGGAUGAACUGUUUCUAGAUUCUUGCUCCAGCUUUCCUGAGAGUCAGAAUGAGCAAGAGGCACAUCAGUGUGGGUCGGCAAACGUGGGCCCUUCUCUGCAAGAAUUUUCUUAAGAAAUGGAGGAUGAAAAGAGAGACCUUGUUGGAAUGGUUUUUCUCAUUUCUUCUAGCACUGUUUGCAUUCCUCUUUUCCUCCAAUUUACACCAAGUUAAUGACUUCCUUCAACUGCCUGCGAUGGAUCUGGGACGCGUAGAUAAUUUUAAUGACUCUAAUUACAUUAUUGCCUUUGCACCUGAAUCCAACACAAUCCAGGAGAUAAUGAACAAAGUGGCUUCUGCCCCCUUCAUGAAAGGAAGACCUAUCCUGGGGUGGCCUGAUGAAGAGAGCAUGGAUGAGUUGGAUUUAAACUAUUCUACAGAUGCAGUGAGAGUCAUCUUUACGGAUACUUUCUCCUAUCAUUUGAAAUUCUUCUGGGGAGGCAGAAUCCCCAGGAUGAAGGAACACAGAGAUCACUCAGCUCAUUGUCAAAUAAUGGAUGAAAAAGCCACAUGUGAAAGUUCAGUGUUCUGGGAGAAAGGCUUCGUAGCUUUUCAAGCUGCUAUUAAUGCUGCUAUCAUAGAAAUCACAACAAAUCAUUCAGUGAUGGAAAAACUGAUGUCAGUUACUGGUACAAAUAUGAAGAUAUUACCUUUUGUGGCCCAAGCAGGAGUUACAACUGAUUUUUUCAUUUUCUUCUGCGUUAUUUCUUUUUCUGCAUUUAUAUACUACGUAUCAAUCAAUGUCACACAAGAAAGACAGCACAUUAAGGCACUGAUGACAAUGAUGGGACUUCGAGAAUCAGCAUUCUGGCUCUCCUGGGGUUUGAUGUACACCAGCUUCAUCUUUAUUAUGGCCGUUUUGAUGGCUGUCAUCAUAAAAUCGGCCCCCGUUGUCAUCCUGACUGGCUUCAUGGUCGUUUUCACCCUUUUUUUCCUCUAUGGCCUGUCUUUGAUAACUUUGGCUUUCCUGGUGAGCGUGUUGGUGAAGAAACCUUUCCUUACUGGACUGGUCGUCUUUCUCCUCACUGUCUUGUGGGGAAGUCUGGGAUUCACAGCUUUGUACAGACAUCUGCCUGCAUUUUUAGAGUGGACCUUGUGUCUUCUUAGCCCCUUUGCUUUCACUGCUGGAAUGGCCCAGCUUAUACAUUUGGACUAUGACGUGAAUGCUAACAGCCAUUUGGAUUCUUCAAACAACCAGUACCUAAUAAUAGCUACUCUUUUCAUACUGGUUUUUGAUAUUCUUCUGUAUUUGGUAUUGACAUUAUAUUUGGACAAAAUUUUGCCCACUGAAUAUGGACGUCAACAUUCUCCCUGGUUUUUCCUGAAAUCGUUUUGGUUUCAACACCAAAGCUCUGGUCAUGUGGCCCUUGAGAAUGAAAUAGACUCAAAUUGUUCGUCUAACGACUCUUUUGAACCGGUGUCUCCAGAAUUCCAAGGAAAAGAAGCCAUCAGAAUAAGAAAUCUUAAAAAAGACUAUGUAAAAGGAAAGCAUGAAAAAGUAGAAGCUUUGAAAGGUCUGGUACUAGACGUAUAUGAAGGCCACAUCACUGCCCUCCUUGGUCACAGUGGAGCUGGAAAAACAACCCUGUUAAAUAUACUCAGUGGACUGUCGGUCCCAACAUCAGGUUCAGUCACCAUCUACAAUAACAAACUCUCAGCGGUGGCGGACCUAGAAAACCUCAGCCAGCUCACUGGAGUUUGUCCGCAGGUCAAUGUGCAGUUUGGCUUCCUCACCGUGAGAGAAAACCUCAGGCUCUUCGCUCAAAUAAAAGGGAUUCAGCCACAGGGAGCCGAGCAAGAGGUCCAACGAGUCUUACGGGACUUAGAGAUGGAAAAUAUUCAAGACAUUCUUGCUCAAAAUUUAAGUGGCGGACAAAAAAGGAAACUAACUUUGGGGAUUGCCAUUUUAGGAGAUCCUCAGGUUUUGUUACUGGACGAGCCCACCGCUGGGUCAGAUCCUCUUUCAAGGCACCGCGUGUGGAACCUCCUGAAAGAGAGGAAAUCAGACAGAGUAAUUCUCUUCAGUACUCAGUUCAUGGAUGAGGCUGACCUCCUGGCUGAUAGGAAGGUGUUUAUAUCCAACGGAAGGCUGAGGUGUGUGGGCUCUUCGCUGUUCCUCAAGAAGAAAUGGGGCAUUGGCUACCACUUAAGUUUGCAUCUGAAGGAAACAUGUGAUCCAGACAGUAUAACAUCGCUUGUCAAACAGCACAUCCCUGAGGCCAAAUUAGCAGCACAAAGUGAAGAAAAGCUGGUGUAUAUUUUGCCUUUGGAAAGGACAAACAGAUUUCCAGACCUCUACAGGGAUCUUGAUAGAUGUUCUAAUCAGGGCAUUGAGAAUUAUGGUGUUUCCAUGACAACAUUGAAUGAGGUGUUCUUGAAAUUAGAAGGAAAAUCAGCUAUUGAUGAAUCAGAUAUUGGCACUUGGGGACAAUUACAAAGUGACAGGACAAAAGACACAGGAAGUCUUGUCGAGCUGGAGCGAGUCUUGUCUUCUUUUAAUGAGCCACCGAAAGUAAUCGGUGGCAUGGCUCUCUGGAGGCAGCAGCUCCGUGCAAUAGCAAGAGUUCGCUUCCUGAAGUUAAAGACUGAAAAAAGAACUCUGUUGACCAUAUUAUUGCUUUUUGGGGUUAGCUUUUGCCCUCAGCUUUUGGAACAUCUAUUCUAUGAGUUAUAUCAGAAAAGUUAUUCUUGGGGACUGUCUCCUAAUAUGUACUUCCUCUCACCGGAAGAGCCACCUCGAGCACCUCUGACCCACCUACUGGUCAUCAAUAAGACAGGGUCAAGCAUUGAUGACUUCAUCCACUCACUGAGGCAACAGGACAUAGCUUUGGAAGUGGAUGCCUUUGGAACUAGAAAUGGCCCAAACGAGUCUUUGUACAAUGGUGCUAUCACUGUGUCCGGUGAUGACAAGGAUUACAGAUUUUCAGUUGCCUGUAAUACCAAAAGACUGAAUUGCUUUCCUGUCCUCAUGGAUAUCAUUAGCAAUGGGCUACUUAGAAUUUUUAAUUCUUCAGAACACAUUCAGACCGACAGAAGCACGUAUUUUGAAGAGCACAUGUCUUACGAGUACGGGUACCUGAGCAACGCCUUCUUCUGGAUCCCGGUGGCAGCCUGUUUUACUCCUUACAUUGCCCUGAGCAGCAUCGGAGACUACAAAAAAAAAGCUUACUCCCAGCUGCGGAUUUCAGGCCUCUAUCCUUCCGCUUACUGGUUUGGACAGGCGCUGGUGGACAUCCCACUGUACUUCCUGAUCCUGCUUCUAAUGCAAAUAAUGGAUUACAUUUUUAGCCCAGAUGAGAUUAUAUUUAUAAUUCAAAACUUGUCAGUUCAGAUCCUGUGUAGUAUUGGAUAUGUCUCCUCUCUUGUUUUCUUGACAUACGUGAUUUCAUUCAUUUUCCGCAACGGGAGAAAAAACAGUGGCAUUUGGUCAUUUUUCUUCUUAAUUAUCACCAUCUUCUCCAUAGUUGCCAUCGAUCUCAGCGAGUACGGAUUUCUAGGGCUAUUUCUCUGCACCAUAUUAAUACCGCCCUUCACCCUGAUUGGCUCUCUAUUCAUUUUCUCCGAGAUUUCUCCUGACUCGAUGGAUUAUUUGGGAGCUUCAGAACAGCAAAUUGUAUUUCUGGCAUUGCUAAUACCUUACCUUCAUUUUUUCAUUUUCCUCUUUGUUCUACGAUGUCUGGAAAUGAACUUUAGGAAGAAGUCAAUGAGAAAGGAUCCCGUGUUCAGAAUUUCACCAAGAGGCAGCAGUGUUUUUCCAAACCCAGAAAAACCCGACGGAGAGGAUGAAGAUGUCCAGAUGGAAAGAAUAAAAACAGCAAAUGCUGUGACAGUCCCAGAUUCUGAUGAGAAACCAGUUAUUAUCGCCAGCUGUCUACGGAAGGAAUAUGCAGGCAAAAAGAGAAACUGCUUUGUCAGGAGGAAGAAGAAAGUAGCCACAAGAAAUAUCUCUUUCUGUGUUAAAAAAGGUGAAGUCAUAGGGCUCUUAGGACACAAUGGAGCAGGGAAAAGUACAACUAUUAAGAUGAUAACUGGAGACACAAAGCCAACUGCGGGGCAGGUGCUCCUGAAAGGGAGCAGCGGAGGGGACCCCCUGGGCUUCCUGGGGUACUGUCCCCAGGAGGACGCACUGUGGCCCAGCCUGACGGUGAAGGAGCAUCUGGAGGUGUUCGCCGCCGUGAAGGGGCUGAGGACAGCGGACGCCGCCGUGGCCAUCGCGCGGUUGGUGGAUGCGCUCAAGCUGCAGGACCAGCUGAAGCUCCCCACAAAGGCCUUGUCCGAGGGAAUAAAGAGGAAGCUGUGCUUCGCGCUGAGCAUCCUGGGAAACCCGUCGGUGGUGCUUCUGGACGAGCCGUCCACGGGGAUGGACCCCGAGGGGCAGCAGCAGAUGUGGCAGGCGAUCCGGGCCUCCUUUAAAAACACGGAGAGGGGCGCCCUCCUGACCACGCACUACAUGGCCGAGGCCGAGGCGGUGUGUGACCGCGUGGCCAUCAUGGUGUCCGGAAGGCUGAGGUGUAUCGGUUCCAUCCAACAUCUGAAGAGCAAAUUUGGCAAAGAUUACCUGCUGGAGAUGAAGGUGAAGACCCUGGCCCAAGUGGAGGCUCUCCACCGCGAAAUUCUGAGGAUGUUCCCCCAGGCGGCUCGGCAGGAAAGGUUCUCCUCCCUGAUGGUCUACAAGCUGCCAGUUGAGGAUGUGCGACCUUUAUCACAGGCUUUCUUCAAAUUAGAGACAGUUAAGCAGAGCUUCGACCUGGAGGAGUACAGCCUCUCGCAGUCCACCCUGGAGCAGGUUUUUUUGGAGCUCUCCAAGGAGCAGGAGCUGGAUGAUUUUGAUGGGGAAGCUGAUCUCUCCGUGAAGUGGAAACUCCUGCCUGGAGACCCUUAGAGCCCAAAUUUGAGUUGCAGAGCUCAUAUUUUGUCUAUCAUGACCAUAUGGAAACUUUGAAACCUGUCAAAAUAACUCUAGUAAGAAUUUCAUCAGUGGACAAAAGUUUAAAAAUAUAUAUCUUACAAUUUUGAAGCAUAGUUUUAUUUUAUGUUUUCUUACAAUGUAAGGGUCUACUCUUACGCAAAGCACUAAAAUGUCAUAGAUAUUACUUUCCCAUAUCUGUAUAUGCUAUGACCUAUCCAUCUGGUGAUCCUAUAAACAGUUUAAAAUCAA